UUUUGGGGUUUUUUUUUUCAAUCGAUCAACUCGAUUAGAAACAGAUAAUCUAUUAUUUUUUUUUUUUUUCGGAUUAAACAUCUUUGGAUUAAUUUGCUGCAGAUUCUAAAACAGAAUUCUUCACAUUUCCCUGGCAUUCCCUAAAACCCUAAAUCGGGUCGGAGGGAUCGUACAAAAUAAGGAAUUAUAUAUAUUUUAGGGCGCUUUCCAGAUUCGCGCCUCCUAGUGGUCGAAACGAGGCAUUAACUUAGCGAGGCGAGAGCUGGCAUUGCAACAGGCGAGCGAACUGAGAAACACGUUGAUCGCAGAAAUUUGCCUGACUCUCUGUCUCACACCAUCUCUCGCUCCUGUAUUAAAAAAAAUAAUAUUAUAUAAUAUAUAUAAUCACUUUGUUUUUAAAAUGGCUUUGCAAGACAUUUGCCGUCAACCGCACACCCCUGCCUUUCCCUACUCCCACAAAUGGAACGACCCGAUCUCAUUAGCCUUAGCCGGGGGCGAUACCAACACCGUCCUGGGGUGGGGGGGAUCCGCACCGCUGCCGUUUUACACGCCGUUCAGCGCUAACCCCUCCCUCCGUGCCCAGACCCCGAACCGCGCUCCCCAGAGUCCGAUCCCCGGACGGGCCGGCGUGACCGUCCCCUUCGAGCUUGCUCACGGCACCACCACCUUGUCGUUCAAGUUCCAGGGCGGGGUGAUAGCCGCGGCCGACACCCGCUCCAGCUGCGCCGGGUACGUGGAGUGCCCCACGGCCCAGAAAGUGAUCCCCAUCCACAGCCACCUGGUCGGGACCACGUCGGGGACCUCGGCGGACUGCAUGCUGUGGAAACGCAUCCUAUCCCGGGAGUGCCGGCUCUACCAGCUGCGCAGCUCGGCGCCCCUGCCGGUGAGGGGCGCGGCCAGGCUGCUGGCGGCCGCGCUGGCCCGUUUCAAAGGGACCGAGCUGUGCGUGGCGGCCACGCUGUGCGGCUGGGACCGGGCCGGCCCGGCUCUUCACUACGUGUACAGCGACGGGACGCGGCUGGAGGGGCAGCUGUUCUCCGUGGGCUCGGGUUCGCCCUACGCGUACUCGGUUUUGGACCGGGAGUACCGCUUCGACAUGAGCGUGCCCGAGGCGUACGCCCUGGCGCGGAACGCCGUGUACCACGCCACGCACCGCGAUGCCUACUCCGGGGGGUGCGUGGAUCUGUAUCACGUGACCGAGAGCGGGUGGAGGAAAAUCGGGAGGGACGACCUGCUGCCGGUUUAUUACCAGAAGAAGGGGGGAGGGGUGGUGCUGGGUUCUGAAGGGGGGAGAUGCUGCGUUGUUCUGAAGGGGGAGGGGUGGUGCGUGGGUUCCCCCCUCGAACAAGGGGGGGAGCCUGUUCUGACCACCUCGCACCCAGGGGGUGGUGGGUGGGUUCUGACUUGGGGGUGCGUUGGUUCUGAAGUGGGGGAGGGGGUGGUGCGUGGGUUCCCACCCCACGGGGGGGGUGGGGGUGUGCGUGGGUUCUGA